UUUCCACAAAGAACGGGAGAGGAUGACAGAACAACAGGCACAGAAAAGAGGUAACGAAAUAUAGUGGACUGGACUAGAAAAAGUUGAUGAACAGAACAUCACCGGCUGUUACAGUGUUGCAACACUACAAGAGAGAUGUACACAUUCUGUGAUCUAUAGGUUUAGAGUGGUGAAUCAGCCCACUGCAGAGCGGAGCCCCUCUCCUCACAUACAGAGCUGCCAGACAAGGUGUUCUCCAGGAGUGUUGUCCCCCCCACCACUCUAUCCAGCCCCUAAAGGCUGAGAGGAUCAGAUAAUUACACAACAGGACAGACAUGAUCCACACUCCUCUGGACAGGAUAUCCUUUUAGUUUACAGUAAAUGAGGAGGGGAGGUGAUGAUGUCAGAGGACAGCUGUGGCCGAAUAUGCUGCAUCGGAAUGUACAGCUGCAACUGGAGGCACCCCAGUGAGAGGAAACAAAAAUGUUCCUGCUGCUGGUUGUCAGUCGUUACCGCUGUGUCCCUGCUCACUCUGUUCUGGAUGUACGUCUGUCUGAUGGCUUUCAAUGACCGCGAGGAUCUCAACUGGAAGGCCUUUUCCAUUCUUAAACUGUGGGUGAACUGGUUCAUGGUGCUGAUCAUUAUCUCUGCUGUACUGACCAUCUACUGCAUCCUAUUACUGGUCUUUGCACUGGUCCAACUUGCCUUGAAAGAGCCUUUGGAUUUAUACUGUCUACAUAAGUUGUUCCUGUUUUUAGGUGUGGUCUUCGUCGCCCUGGGCACCACUGGAAUAAGCUUACAGUGGGAAAAAGAGUGGCACACUGUUCUUCUGUCACUACAGGCCACGGCUCCAUUCCUACAGAUGGGAGGGGUUGGAGCCCUGACCCUGGUAAGCUGCCUAGUGUUCCAGGGCUUCCAUAGGGCCCGCAGAAUAGCCUCUAAGAUCAUCAUCAUGGUAGUAUUUGCUGGCGUGUCAGUGGCAAUCUUCUUCAGCCCCCUCCUCAUCCAAUCCCCUUGUCUGGUAGAGAAGAAACAGCUGCCCCCUAAACCUGCCCUCAUUGGUCAUCGCGGAGCACCAAUGCUAACCCCAGAGAACACCCUGAUGUCGUUCAGGAGGAGUGUUGGGUGCGACGUGAUUGCCUUCGAGACGGACGUGCAGCUCAGUAAGGACAGAGUUCCUUACCUGAUGCACGACCAUGGCAGCCAUUUCCUGAGGAGGACUACAGAUGUUCUACAGAAGUUCCCUGGGAAAGACUUCAACCACAGCACAAACCUCACCUGGGAGGAGCUACAGGAAUUAAAUGCUGGUGAUUGGUUCCUAAAGACAGAUCCGUUCCGCUCAGUCUCCCAGCUCUCAGAGCAGGAGAAGAAGACAGCUGGGAACCAGAGUAUUCCCUCCCUUCUGCAGCUGCUGGACCUAGCCAAGACUCAUAACACCUCUGUCAUCUUUGACCUCAAGAAUGACGACAACAAUGACACUAUCGACACUGUGAACACCAUCCUCAAAUCUGGCAUCCCCCAAGACCUGAUCCUCUGGCUUCCCCCCAAACACAGGGUGGAUGUGAGGGAGGUCGCACCAGGGUUCAUACAGGUCUACAACAAUGUGUAUGAUAUGGAUCUUGACAGAGGAGACCAUCUGAAUGUCAAAUACAGUGCGUUGAGUGCCACAGAGUUCGGGGAGCUUCGGAGCAGGAAUGUGUCGGUGAACCUGUGGGUGGUGAAUGAACCAUGGCUCUUCUCUCUGCUGUGGUGCUCGGGGGCCAGCUCUGUGACCACCAACGCCUGCUCCCUCCUAAAGGACAUGUCCCAGCCUGACUGGACAAUGAGACGUGAUAGAUACAGAAUGAUAUGGAUCACAGUGGACCUGGGGUCAUUGCUCAUAAUGUUCGCACUGUUCAUCUUACAGAGGGAAAGAGAAGCAAAGAAAAUUAUUUUCCGCCUGGAAUCAGAGAGAACUGUCCCCCUUCUUACCCUCUGAAUAGUUGGAGUUAAGCCUGGAACAGAACAGCUUGGAUCCAGAAAUCCUCCCCCUUAAUAAUAUACUAUCUGAAUGGUUAAGCCUUGAAUCAGGAGGGAAUUCGACUCAUUUAAAUUACAGUAUUUAAAAAUAUGUGUGGAUCACAUACAGUACCAGUCAAAGGUUUGGACAUACCUACUCAUUCAAUGGUUUUUCU